AUGGCAUACGCCGCCACCACCAAGGUGAAAUGCCUCGCCCGAGAGUUCGACGUCACCCCUCCGACUGUCCGGCGGAACACUAACUUUAUUGCAGCGACGUACCUGCAUAGCCAACUCGAGUGGCUGCAUCACGUCAGGGACCGUUGCCGUCAGCGUCGCCCCUGGUCUGUGACGGUGAGCCGCCGCUGGGACGAAACCAAGGAGGUCGUGACCUUGCCUGUCGGUGAUUCGUUUGAGAAGGACUCCGUGGAGGCGAUGGUGAACGCGUGCAGGUUGGUUGUGUCAUGGGGGCCGGGUGCACCUGUAUUAUGCAUGGACUUGGUGAUGCCACCCGUGCCCCUUGUCGGAACAUCGUCGAGUGAUAUAUGCGCUGCGAUCUGUCGCCACCCACUCCUGCAACCGAUCAACGACGCCGUCAUCGACAUAGUCACGACCGCUGACCUUCGGUGCUGGUCUCACGAGUGUGACGGCGCCAGCGGCAACGAUCGCUACCACUUCGGCACCGCUCCGCGCAAGCAGGUCCGCGAGGGCUGCGCGUGCGAGCUGCACCUGUGCUCGAACCACAGCCACCACCUGGUAUCAGUCUCGCAGGUGGAGCAGCCCGGGCUGGCCAUCGCCGAGAACUUGUACACGAGUGGCAUGUUCUUCUGUUACAACGGACACUACCGACGGCUGCAACUUUCAAUAGGAUUGUGCGUCGACGGCUGCUUGCAGGUGAAGUACACCCGCCCGCCUCCAGCCGCUGCUGAGUAUGCCGAGCAGAUCGCCUCGUUCAUCCUGCGCAACGAGUCCGCUUGCGCGCCCACGUGCGGGGAGGGCCAGCGCAGGCGGCGGCAGCAGCGCAAGCGCCCGCUCCUCGAGGCUCGCUCGAAGGAGUUCGCAUCCCUGUUCAAUGGGCAGUGGAGCGAGCAAG